CAAAUCGCCUCCAACUUUCCCUCCGAUAACCCAUUUGUCGCACGAGCUCUCUAUGACAAGGUGAAUACCGCAGCAGCAGAAUGUCCCGGAGUGACUUAUUCAGAGGAUAUCAUUGCUGGCCGUCCCGCGCUCUGGGUCAGACCAAUGGAUGCAACGCCCAAGAAAGUGAUGCUUUUCAUGCAUGGAGGCGGCUACUCAUUCGGAUCUCCCAAUGGCCAUCGCAAGCUCACUGCACACUUGGCCAAAGCCUGCAACGUCAAUGCUCUAUCCAUCGACUACCGCAUGGUGCCUGAGCAUCCAUAUCCUGCUCCACUAGAUGACUGUAUGAGCGCAUACAAGUACUUGUUAGACCAGGACUACUCGCCCGACAGCAUCGUUCUGGCAGGAGAUUCGUGCGGAGGAGGACUCGUCUCCGCUGUGCCACUGGAAGCGCGAAAGCGAGGUCUGCCCCUCCCGGCAGCAUCCGUGGCAAUGUCGCCCUGGUAUGAUCUGACCUUGGAAUCCGAAUCUCUGGAAACCAACAAAGAGAAAGAUGUCUUGGGUACUAAAGCUUUUGUCGAUAUGCUCGCCGAACGCUACACCAGCGGGAACAAGCAAUUGCGCAAGGAUCCGGUCAUCAGUCCGCUCUAUGGUGAUCUGAAGGGUCUCAAUCCUCAUUGGAUAUCUGUCGCCGGCCAUGAUACUCUGCUGGAUGAUGGAGUCCGAUUUUAUGAAAAAGCGCAAAAGGCCGGCGUUGAUGUGCAUUUGGCCAAAGCGGAGGGACAGCAGCAUGUCUUUGAGUUCAUGGCUGGGAAAUCACCAGAGGCUAAUGAAUCGAUCAAGAAUAUCGGCGAGUGGGUGAAGGGUAAGAUUGGGUCGUAG